AUGGGCACACUGAAAUAUCAACGGGGAACAUUACUGCCAAUAGAAGUCUUCCCUAGCAAUACAGAAAUGGAAGUCCUAAAGGUGGCAACAGACAAGCAUCAUAAAAACAAUAAAAUGCUUCCAACAGAGGAAUACAUUCUGUUAUAUAAAGAUGGAUCCAGGGCUUGUAGUAUACCGGGUGCAACAAAUGUUUUUACUGUCCGAGGGUAUAAAGAUUUUCUAGGAAAGCCAUUCCAGAAUAUGCAAUUGUACAUUUGCCCGAAAACAGAAUUUGAAUCAAAUGUAUCGAACAGCAGCGAUUCUGAUGACCUCCCAGAUCCAAAACUGAAUAACAAAAAUGAGGUAGGUGACGAUUCAUGGGAGGAGCUCGGAACACCAGAAAUACUAAAACGUAAAAGGCCAGCUACAAAAUCAAGGAAUCGUGCACCUGAAAGAGAGACCCAAAAUAUAGAUUCUGUAAAUCCAGCACCAAAACCAGAGAAUCGAGUACUUGAUGCAGAAACGAGAGUAAUAAAACAAGAAAACGACAGAAUGGAGCAACCCUCAACCUACAGGUCUUUAUACACAUCUAAUACCUUACAGUAA